CCUGUGCCCGUGCCCGUGCCCGCUGUGCCCGCGGCUGCACUGCCCGCCGGCCCCUCCUCGCCUCCCCCUGCUACCCAGAGGCUCGGCAGCCCCCGCCGGCGAUGUCUGGGGCGCGGGAGAAGAAGCGGGCCAAGAAGAUGAGGAACCAGCCGGCCAGCGUGACGCUUCCCGCGGAGCCGGGGCCCUUCGCCGGCGGCGGGAGCAGAGCCUGCCCUCCCCCAGGAGAUGUUUGUUCUGAGCAGCAGCAUCAGCAGCAGAAAUUCUCAAAUCAGUCAGAUGGGUCUUCUUACAGGAAAGACGAAUAUUUUUCAGAAGGGCAAAGUAGAGGAGAGAGAGCUAGAGGAAGAGGAGAAUGGCAAGGAGGAUGCCAGAGCGUUUCUGAGGAAAUGCCAAAAUACAUAACGGUGUCUACCUUUGCUCAAGCUCGUGCUGCUGAAAUCAGUGCCAUGUUGAAAGCAGUUUCGCAGAAGUCUUCAAACUCUCUGGUUUUCCAGACUCUACCCAGGCACAUGCGAAGGCGAGCAAUGAGUCACAACAUCAAACGCCUACCCCGGCGGCUCCAAGAGAUGGCCAGGAAAGAGGCAGAGAAAGCUGUGCAUCAGAAAAAAGAACAGUCAAAGACUAAAUGCCGCAAAGCCAGAAGGCGCCACAUAAAUUUGGUGGCAGAGUUUAAUCGUAGACAAAGAAAGAAUAUUUGGCUGGAAACACACGUUUGGCAUGCAAAGAGAUUUCACAUGGUAAAGAAAUGGGGAUACUGUUUAGGAAACAGCCCUACAGAGAAGAGCUACAGGGCUUGUUACCGAGCCAUGACAAAACAUUGCCUUCUUCAGGAUUUAUCGUAUUAUUGUUGCCUGGAGUUGACUGGUAAAGAGAAUGAACUUCUGAAGCAACUUGGUCGAAUGUGCAGCAUUGACACAGGAUUAACAUUUCAAGAAGCUAGUUGUCUGUCUGGAAGAUUUGAGGGUUCCCUGUAUCUCUACCGAGCAGAUCGCUAUCCUGAGGACAUGCUUGGUCCUGUUACAUUUUUUUGGAGACCCAGAGAUGGGUCUGAACACAGACAGUUGUGGAUAUGGGUGCAUCCAGCUCUAAAGCAGGACAUAUUGAGGGAGUUAAAAGCAAUUUUUCAGUGUUCAGAGCCUGAAGAAAUCUGUAUUACUGAGCCUGUUACAACAUCAGUUCAAGAGGAAAAACAAAUGGAGGUUGUUAUGUGCCCUGGCAAGAAAAGAAAGAAAGAGGAUAAAGAAGGAGAAAAAGUUGUGCCAGUGAAAAAAAUAAUUGGUGACGGCACUAGAGAUCCAUUCCAGUCCUACUCUUGGAUCUCACAGACUACUGGUAUUGCAAUCAGUGACAGAAGCAUGGAGAUUCUCAGAUACCGGCUGAUUGGCCCAUUAUCACACUCGGUCCUUACAGAGACCCUGAAAGCUGCUUCUGUCCAAACAGACAUGGCAGAUUCAGAGACAGAACGCAAUAACUGGUGGGUAGAAAACUGCAAGGACUCUGAAAAAGUAUCUCUUCAUCAAUGUCAAAGUGCUAUCUUUGAGCUUCUGGAAGGGAUAAGUUCACCAUCAGAAAUGCCACCAGGUACCAUACUUGGCCUAACUGUUGGAGAUCCUCGAAUCAAUUUGCCAAAGAAGAAGACAAAAGCCGUGCCUGACUUUGAAAAAUACCAAGAUAAUGAUAAAGUUAGGCAGCUGUACCUGGAGGGUGUACCCGUAGACUGUGCUCACAGCUUUAUCUGGGACCAGGACAUCUGUAAGAACGUCACUGAAAAUAAAAUCUCAGAGCAGGAUUUAAACCAUAUGAGAGCUCAGUUACUGGUACCUGGAUCACACCUUGAUUUGGGUCCUUGUGAAUCUAAGAUUCCCAUACUGUUGGUGCAGCAGCCAGGGAAAAUGGCUGGAGAAGAUCGACCAGGAUGGGGGAGUGGCUGGGAUAUCUAUCUCCCAAAGGGCUGGGGCAUGGCUUUCUGGAUUCCUUUUAUAUAUCAAGGUGUACGUGUCGGUGGCUUGCAAGAAGCAUUAAUGCAUUCCGAAUAUCAAAGAACACCUCACAUUCCCAAUGAUUUCCCAGACUGCCAGGCAGGAAGGCAGUUUGCCAAAGAACUGGAAACGAGUCUUCUUGAAAAAUUCAAACGACGUCCACCUGCAAAAAGGGCAAAUUAUGUCAAGCUGGGCACUCUGUCUCCUUUCAUCUGUCCUUGGGGGCAGCUGACAAAGAACUGGGAAGGAAGAAUGAAAGCUUCAGGAGGCUUUGUACGUCCUUCUUUGCCACAACCUGAGUGCUGCACAACUGAAGGGCAUAAUGAUUGUGACCCCAAAGCAGAACUGGUCAGAGAAACUUCCCCUGAGACUGGUGAGGUAGAGGAGACCAUGGAAAUAACAAGUUCUGAAGGUGCCCUAAAGACAGAGGAAGUUACAAGCACCCAAGACCUUGGUGAGAGAGAUGAAACUCAGACAAGUGACUUCAUUGUUCUCAGGAGCGAGAAACUACUAAUGCAGUUAUCAGCCUGGUGCUAUCCCACUGCUGGAAAAGAUCGGCGAAUCCGUCUUAUUUCUCGACUGGGACAGAAGGAAAUGACUGAAGACGUUUUUUUGCCAAUCCUGAUGAGCUAUCCAAGGGCUCUCGUCUGGGUCAACUUGUCACUCCUGAGAAAGGGGAACCCUGAAUUACACGCCAUGAUUUGCAUCCCAACAGAAGAUGACUUGCUGCAUCUAAGCAAGGACAAACUCUUCUGUGGUCCUCAAGAGCCAAAACAUCGUGACAUAUUUAAGGACAAGGUAAAGAGACAAAAAGAGGAAAAGAAGAAGAAAAAGGGCAUUCCAGAUCAAGACACAGCUGAAGACCAUAAAGACCUAGUUCUUGGUCUUUGGUCAGAUGCUCUCCCAGAUGUUACUUCGCACUGCUCCAGGACUGUCUUGGGAUAUGUCACUCGAGGGGAUUUUUCAUUGGCUGCAGGGUGUGGAGAAGCUCUGGGUUUUGUUAGCUUGACAGGGUUAAUUUAUAUGUUAUACAACCAGCCAGCAGAUAAAAAAGGUCUUGUUUUGCUAAGGACUCCAGCAUCUUUACAGUACAGAUUUGCAAGGCUUAAUAUUGAGGUUUAAGUAGAAUUGCAAUGCAAUAGAGUGCCAAAAAUACCAAAGAACGCCUGUUUUUUACUCUGUGACCUUUCUAAUUUGUCUCAAAUUUGAGGUUAUUCUGAGCCCCAACAUCUCUAAGAUUAUAAAAUAAUUAAAAGGCUUUUUAGCAUUAUUCAAGAAAAUAACUAAUGCAUAAACAGACCUAGUAUUACUUUUGAUGUCUGCAUUGUUAAGGAUUUCUAACAGGUCAUUAUCAUGAUCUUAUUUAUCUCUAAAAAAGCAUAUUCUUCAUUUUGCUCCUCAAAGCAUUGGAUGCUGUAACAAUAUACAGAAACCCAUCAUUUCCAUUUUAGAACCCUUUGGUCAGAUGGACUGUAACUUCACAGUGCACUUCCACAUGUAGCUGCAUGCAAUCUGAUCCAGUAUAUAUAGCAAGUGGCUUUCCUGAUUCCUCGUAUCUGAAUAUAUGUGGCUGCAGUGCAGAGGAGCCAAGUAGAGAAACUUAGAACAGGAAGUUGAAUGCUUAAAUGAAAUGCAAAUAAUAUGUAGCCCAGCUAUAUAAUUUUGAAUUAUAGCAACUGGAGCUUUUAAAAUCAAAAGCAUAUCAGUCUGUCUCUCCAGUCUGUAAGGUAAUAAGCUUUGCAGAUACAAAUUUCUGGUGGUGGGUCAGCAUACAUUUUCUGUUAAUAAUAGGGGAUAUUUUUCUUCUUUAUAACAUGAGAGUAUUUUUGUAUGGAAUGUGCUAGGAUUGAAAGUUUCUUGAUGUUACAGUACGGUUCAUGAAUUGUUGUUCAGUCAAAACUUGUAAAGUAUGCUGGAGGAUGAAAGGAGAAAGGUGUUUGAUUUGACUGGGACAGCGUGUGUAGGUUGUUGGGUUUUGGUGUUCUGUUGGGGAUUUUUUAAUGAUAGCCUUAAGCAUCUAGCCAUUCUUGAGUUAAGCAGCUUGAAAAGGAAUUUACAAUACCCUGAAGUUUAGUAGCAACAUGAUACAAAUAUAUGCCAGUUUGUAAAAUUACCCUGAAAUUAUCAUGUACAAAUAAAAAUGUAAUCUAUUUUU